AUGAAGAAACCUCGCAGAGUCGGGCCCAAGAACAAACCGAAUCCCAAAUUAGGCAAAAAUCCGGCCAAUAGCCUCGAUCCCGACGGCAAAUUCACGAGCAGAAACUUGUGCAAAAUCUCCGUUCCGCUGUUCUUUUUGUUUUGGUGCGGCGUCGUUUUGUUUCAUGCUAAUCUCACUCGUGGAAAUGAAGGGGAUUUGCUUGCCUACAACAGAACGACAUUGGACCCGGGUUUUCGUGACAAAAAGCUACUCAACCAUACGGCCUCAGUUGCAAAAACUGAAGUAGAGGAUAACACCAGUCGAGUAAUGAUGGACCCAAAUGUGUCUCGUAUUACUAACAGCUCCACCGAGCUAAAUAUCCCUUCAUACCAGGAAGACUCAGUCAUGGGAACAAGUCGACUACAAGAACUGAUAUCAGUUUUCUUUGGCCAUGAUCCGUAUACAUGUCCAGUAACAACACAAGAAAACGGGCUUGAAGCCGAACCCGAAACGCACCAAAACGGGAGGAUCCAUCUUACUUACCCCAACCUUGAUGACUUCAAGCACAUCUCGAGACAGGAGAAACCCAAUACAUCCCGCCAGCUCGUGAACAUCACCCACAGGCUUGAGCCCGAUGGGACCCCUUAUAACUAUGCCUCGGCUUCGAAAGGUGCAAAGGUAGUGGCCCACAACCGGGAGGCCAAGGGAGCCAACAACGUUCUGGGCAAGGACCAUGACAAGUACCUCAGAAACCCGUGCUCGGCCGAAGGCAAGUUUUUCAUAAUCGAGCUUUCGGAUGAAACCCUAGUGGACGCCGUUAAGAUAGCAAAUUUCGAGCAUCAUUCUUCUAAUUUCAAAGAAUUUGAGCUCUCGGGAAGCUUGGUCUACCCGGCCGAGACGUGGGACACUUUGGGAUCUUUUGUGGCGGCAAACUCGAAGCACAUGCAGUGCUUUAAACUUCCAGAGCCAAAAUGGGUCCGGUACUUGAGGGUGAAUUUGCUGAGUCAUUAUGGUUCGGAAUUCUAUUGUACGUUGAGUGUGGUCGAGGUUUAUGGGGUCGAUGCCAUCGAGCAGAUGCUCGAGGAUCUUAUUGUACCGUCUGGAGAGCCCAAUACAAACUCGACUGCAAUUCCUGCUGUAUUAUCUGAAAACAGCACGAAUAAAUCUGAAAUUGAUGACCCUUCUCGUAAUUUUGUUGAGACAGUGAGUAAAGGGGUGGUGGGGAGUGUUGAUGAAGGCCAAAUGAUUGGUUUGGAUUUAACGAAGAAGGCUUUGGUGACCAGUGGUGUGUCCGAGCCAUUGCCAAAGGCCAGACAGCACCCCAAUAGCAGGUUGCAUGCAGAUGCCGCCUUAAAGGUAGUGUUGCAGAAGGUUCGGUCGAUCGAGCUGAAUAUGGAGGUGCUUGAGGAGUAUAUAAAACAGCUUCACAAGAGAAGGGGAGAUGUUUUGCCUGAGCUUGAGAAGGAGCUGACGAAGUUUAAUGCCCUUCUGGAGAAGAGUAAAUCGGAGUUGAAGAAACUUAUGGAAUGGAAGGAAAUAAUGGCUAAGGGUAUUCUUGAACUGGAGUCAUGGAGACUUGCUGUGUCUACACAGAUGGAUCUUGUGGUCCGCCACAAUAGUAUGCUAAGAGUAGAGGUUGAAAAGGUUUUACAUGAUCAAGUGAGCCUGGAAAAGAAAGAGAUUGCAAUUCUAACAGUGACCCUGACCUUUGCGUGCAUUGCCAUUUUCAAGAUAAUAUCAGAAAGGGUGGUGAAGUUUUUCCGGGCCCCAACACCUGGUGCAGUUUCCCAGUCGAGCAGAGGAUGGAUUUUAGUCUUCAUAUUCUGUAGCUUGACGAUGCUAAUCCCGGUGAUUUAUGGUUAG